UUGCAGAGAUGGAAGACGGUGAAGAGCCGGGUUUAGUUCACUCUCACAGCUCUACUUCUGGGUCAAAAUCGAGCAGUGACAAGAUGUUUUCUCUCAAGAAAUGGAAUGCUGUUGCAAUGUGGAGCUGGGAUGUGGAGUGCGAUACAUGCGCCAUCUGUAGGGUCCAAGUUAUGGAUGCAUGCUUGCGGUGUCAGGCUGAAAAUAAACAAGAGGACUGUGUCGUGGUAUGGGGAGAGUGCAACCACUCUUUCCACAAUUGCUGCAUGUCUCUCUGGGUGAAGCAGAACAAUCGCUGCCCACUGUGCCAGCAGGACUGGGUCGUGCAAAGAAUCGGCAAAUGAAAUGCCUCUAACUUCCCCAUCCUUCCACUGCAAGUUUGGACAGGAGACCGAACUCAAUACUGCAACCUUCUAUGUACAUUGUGUGUGCUUGCUGCUGUCAUUUCUUCAAUGCUAAGAUAUAGAUUGAAUGGCCAAUAUCUUGGUGAAGAUGUCCUUGCCCCACUCUUCGAUGGAAAUGUCGGCAGGUGCAGGGCAAUGCUGAAGAACUGAGGAUAGUUGCUGCGCUUGGUGUCAUGGUUAACUUUUUUUUGUGAGAAAAAAGUUGGUUAUUAAAAAGUCUAAGCAUAGCUUUGUUAUUUCUUCCUUUAGCAUUUUAAUGUGAUGGUUUAUGGUUAGAUGAAGUCUGAACUCAGACCAUGAGGUGUCUGCCUUCCUUGCUACCUGUAAGAGCACAUUUCAUACUUCACCUUCUAAUCAAGAGAAUGAUUACAGAAUAUCUACGAUUGUCUCGGCACCAUGUGUAGGCUUUUGGGGUUUGGAUCCAUGGUGCUGCAGGGACUGUAUUUAGCCAGAGAACUUCCCAGAUUGCAUAAUUGGGGCAUUAUAAUUGCAUAAUACAUGCCAAUUAGACAAGUCACACGUCCAUAAGAAUAGUCACGUUCAAAUGAUGAAAUAAUCGUACGUUCAACUUGAAAUAUUAUAUACUGCUUAUAUCAUAACAUGCAUUUAAUUUGAAACGCAUGAAUGGUUUGGCAAAGGUUUUGAUGGAUAUUUGCAUGGCAACAGCCAAAGUUUGAAAACAUUUUCCUUACUCAUCUUCUCUAUGGUUACAAGCAGCCCUGUAUGUUGUGUAGGAAUGUUACACCCAGUAGUUUCCAUUGAAAAUUAGACCUGUAUCAAUUCCCACUCUAUACAAACACACCUUUCCUACAUUUGAACAUGUCAUGCUCCUUAGAUGAAAACUGUUGGACAAUUAAAUAUACAUGCCAACUCAGUCUCAAUCAGCAAAGUUACAGAAGCUGUUUUGGAUACAAGGAGUUUCCAUUUUACAGACACUUAUCCAGAGCGACUUACCGUAAGUAGUGAGUGCAUACAUUUAUGUACUGGUCCCCUGUGGGAAUUGAACCCACAACCCCGGUGUUGCAAGUGCCAUGCUCUACCAACUGAGUGCACGAAGAUAUGAAACAAGACCUGUGUUGCAUAAUAGCUGAGGUGAUGUGUAUACAGUGCGAAAACAUGAUGGAAAAUAAAAACAGGUUUCACUUUGAUACUGUAAAUGUACAGUGCCUUCGGAAA